AUGGAUCUCGACGAAUUCGAGGAGUUCCACGAUUCCCAAGAUGGCGGCGAACAACCAGAAGGAGACAGCAGUACCCCCAGCGACGGCCUCGUGAAAGGGCUCUUGAAGGCACUCAGUGGAAGUGCAUCACUCCGCGAUCGUGUUAAGUCCCUUCUCUUUAACUCCAAUCCACCCCCUAUCCUUGCCCCGCGACUGGACUUCAGUCCCGCGGCCCAAGCUCCCGUGACCGGAGCUCCCAGCAGAAAUGCGGCCUCGGCCGCUAGAGGAGUACGCACCGACCGAGAAGCGGCAUGGAUUGAGAUUCUUGACACCCUUCCGCUCGACAAACAGCAGCGGUUGGAAGGCUUUUGGACCGCCAAAACCGCUAGCGGUGACGACGACCCGGUGGCCCUUCUCGAUCAGAUUCGCAUCAUUUUCGGUGCCUACCAGAUGCGCGACUCCGCUCUCGACAAGCUCUUCACAGUCUCGCUCUCGGAUGACUACCGCACCUGUGUAGCCCAGUUACAGUACCAUGCGGCGAAGUAUGAGCAGACCAGUGAGUUCAAGGAGGAUCACCACAAGUACCUCCGCGGCCAGAGGAAUCGGAGCCGCUCCUCGAAUAAUUAUUACCUUCCAGCAUUGAGCGUUGGUAACACUCAGGGGCCGCAAUCCCAGCCUCAGUCAACCUCUUCUUCCCUAUCGGCCCCGGUAAAUGCUGAUGGUGACACCAUUAUGGGGUCGACUCGCGUUGGAAGAGGUCGUGGCAGUCGAGGGCGAGGCGGUUUAAACCCGGCCACCUAUUCCUCUAAGCGCGCCAAGUGGGUCUCGGAAAAAGAACGGCAGAAACGUCGAGACAAUAACCUUUGCCUUCGAUGCGGUGCCUCUGGCCAUUAUGUAGGCUCUUGCCCAUACCAGCCCGCGGUUCCCCCCUCCAACAAUGUCCGCACCCAGGGUACCGCCAUUGAGGUCCCUCCGCUCUUGGAAGAGGAGGAUGAGAGCUCCACUUCCGAGCAGGGAAAAGAAUAG